AUGGCCGGUUAUAACGCCGGCGUGCCAACAACGACAUUUGCCCCUGGCAGCCAGACCUUGUUCUCCGAUCCCAACCAAUAUGCCCCCGGGACUGCGUAUGGCCAUCCCCCAACGCAUGUUAUGCCCGGCCACGCGGCCGCGGCUCCGCCUCAGCAAAUGGCUCUUCCCUCUUUCCAGCCACAAAACGAAGAAUUCAAUCAACAUCGGCACCAGCUGAUGAACUCGAGAUUGAAAUCGCUGAUCCAGCAACGCGCUUCGCUUAAGGAGCCCGAGCAGAAUUCGCAAGACGGUUUCCGCUCGCCGGCGCCCACUACGCCGACAGGAGCUGGGUCGCCGACCGAAUUUUACGCCUCCCAGCCCGAGUGGGGCACUUCCAAUGGCCAACAGGGACAACAUGCUGUGAAUACCUCGGUCAAAAUGGAGGUUACCGAUCCGGGCCAGGAGUCGACUUCCGCGAACGGAAGUCCACAUUCGGCGGCGGGCUUCGCCUCUCCGGGACAGAAAGCGUCCGACAACGAACGUCCGCCUAGCAAUCAAAGCGUUGGUAGGCAGACCCCUCAGAGCCUUUACACGCCAACGACGUCGUCGGCUCAGAGUUUCGGAAGUCCCAAGACUGGCGCUUUCCAGACGCCGCCUCCGAACGGACAGACUUUCCAAUUCCAGCCGCAGCCCGUUGUUUCAAACGGUGCCCAACAGACGUUCUUGUUAAAUUCCACGGCGCCCGUCGUCUCGUACCCAAAUAUCGUUACGUACUCGACUCAAGCUGCGGCGUACGAUCCACAGGCGGCCAUGGGUUUCGCACCGAAAACGUCGUUCUAUCAAGGCGGCCAGUUCGCUACUCUGGCUCCGCCGGCGCCGGACAUGAACGGCGCCGGCAGCAGCGGCAGCAGCAGCGGACUUUACGCAGCGAACAAUUUUGCGUCAGGACCUUUGCCUAGCAUGGGUGCGGGUUUCGGAGCGCUUCCGCCAAUGCACGCUGCCGGUCCGCAGGCUUCAUCGCUCAAUCUCCCGGGUACUGAUCCCUGGUGGGAUCAUCUGGAGAAGCUCAAAGCGCACGGACACGUCGAUCCGGAGGGCGAAUCGAGACAACUCGAAUACUCAGCGGCUCCGGGUCCGUCCAUGUAG